AUGCGCCCCUUCCGCACCUUGCGACUCCCAAGUCGCCCAACUCUCCCCUCCCAGCGCCAUGUGUGCCCACCCUCUUCCCAACUCAAGACAACAAGGACAAUAAACACAACACGACCAAGUCUGCGCCAACCACUCCCAAUCAACAAUACAAAAACCACUACACGAUCAUUCGGCCUGCCCAACCUAUCCUCCUUCCUACCAAACAACUCCUCCCCGCACCGCGUCCUGACCGCCACACGCAACCUCCCGUACAACCCAGCCCUACUAUACAAAGUGAUCUCCUCCGUUGAAUCCUACAGCCAAUUCCUCCCCUUCCUCACUGCUUCGACGGUGACAGCGCGCGAUCCAGAAACAGGAUACCCAACACAAGCGUUCCUGACUGUUGGCUACGGCCCGCUCAGCGAGACGUUCACGUCGCGCGUGAUCUGCGACGUGGAGAAGUUGACUGUGGAGGCUAAUAGCGGGGCUAAAUAUGGAGAGAAGGAUGGACAGGGUAAGAGCUCUGGGCUGAGCGGGCUCUUCCCUGGUGCGAAUGAGGGGCUGUUCGAGUAUCUUACUACAAGGUGGGAGUUGGUGCCACUUUCGGGGACGCAGGGACCGUUGACGAAGGUCAAUUUGGAGGUGCGGUUUGAAUUCCGUUCGCAGAUGCAUGCUACUAUUAUGAGUUCUGUUGAGGGGCAGAUGGCUGGGGUUAUGAUUGAGGCAUUUGAGAAGCGAAUGCGGGAGGUUGAGGGUAAAGGGCAGUGA